GCCGGAGGAGAGGAAAAUAAAGAAAACGAACGCCCUUCAGCAGGAUCGAAGGCAAACAAAGAAUUCGGGGACAGCCUGAGUUUGGAGAUCCUUCAAAUUAUUAAGGAAUCCCAGCAGCAGCAUGGUUUACGGCAUGGAGAUUUUCAGAGGUACAGGGGCUACUGUUCCCGUAGACAAAGACGUCUCCGGAAAACACUCAACUUCAAGAUGGGGAAUAGACACAAAUUCACAGGGAAGAAAGUAACUGAAGAUCUUCUGACUGAUAAUAGAUAUUUGCUUCUGGUUCUGAUGGAUGCUGAAAGAGCCUGGAGCUAUGCCAUGCAGCUCAAACAGGAAGCCAACACUGAACCCCGAAAGCGGUUUCACCUGUUAUGUCGCCUGCGCAAAGCUGUGAAGCAUGCUGAGGAAUUGGAGCGCCUGUGCGAGAGCAGUCGCGUGGACGCCAAGACCAAGUUAGAGGCUCAGGCUUACACAGCUUACCUCUCAGGAAUGCUGCGUUUUGAACAUCAGGAAUGGAAAGUUGCCAUUGAGGCUUUUAACAAAUGCAAAACUAUCUACGAGAAGCUAGCCAGUGCUUUCACAGAGGAGCAGGCUGUGCUAUACAACCAGCGUGUGGAAGAGAUCUCGCCCAACAUCCGCUAUUGUGCAUAUAAUAUUGGGGACCAGUCAGCUAUCAAUGAACUCAUGCAGAUGAGAUUGAGGUCUGGGGGCACUGAGGGUCUCCUGGCUGAAAAAUUGGAGGCAUUGAUCACUCAGACUCGAGCCAAACAGGCAGCUACCAUGAGCGAGGUGGAAUGGAGAGGGCGAACGGUUCCAGUGAAAAUCGACAAAGUGAGGAUCUUUUUAUUGGGACUGGCUGAUAACGAAGCAGCCAUUGCCCAGGCUGAAAGCGAAGAAACCAAGGAGCGUUUGUUUGAAUCCAUGCUCAGCGAGUGUCGGGACGCCAUCCAGGCUGUUCGGGAAGAGCUCAAGCCAGAUCAGGUGGGAUCCCAGGGCUACCUGACUCACAUCAAGCUGUCGACGGCAAUCAAGCGUAAUGAGAGCAUGGCUAAAGGUCUGCAGAAGGCUCUGCUGCAGCAACAGCCGGAAGAUGACAGCAAGCGCUGCCCCCGGCCCCAGGACCUGAUCCGGCUCUAUGACAUCAUUCUGCAGAAUCUGGUGGAACUGCUCCAGCUUCCUGGCUUAGAGGAGGACAAAGCCUUCCACAAAGAGAUAGGCCUCAAGACCCUGGUGUACAAGGCUUACAGGUGUUUUUUCAUUGCUCAGUCCUACGUGUUGGUGAAGAAGUGGAGCGAAGCCCUUGUCCUGUAUGACAGAGUCCUGAAAUAUGCAAACGAAGUGACUUCUGAUGCAGGUGCCUUCAAGAACAGCCUAAAGGACCUGCCUGAUGUGCAAGAGCUCAUCGCGCAAGUGCGCUCAGAGAAAUGCUCCCUGCAGGCCGCGGCCAUCCUAGAUGCUAAUGACUCCCAUCAAACAGAGACUUCCUUCCAGGUCAAGGACAAUAAGCCUCUGGUUGAACGGUUUGAAACAUUCUGCCUGGACCCUUCCCUCGUCACCAAGCAAGCCAACCUCGUGCACUUCCCACCAGGAUUCCAGCCCAUCCCUUGCAAGCCUUUGUUCUUUGACCUGGCCCUCAACCAUGUGGCUUUCCCACCCCUUGAGGACAAGUUGGAGCAGAAAACCAAGAGUGGCCUCACCGGAUACAUCAAGGGGAUCUUUGGAUUCAGGAGCUAACCAGGCUCUUCCUCAGGGGCAGGGGGAGAUUCUGACUCUUAAUCUGUAUUGUGAGAAAAUCCCAGCAAGUUCCAUGAUAUUAAACCCAGGUCUACAUUGGCCCAGGGUAGGAGCUUAACAUCUUCAGCCCUGCGUUCCUACGUCUUGUGUAUUUGUGCCCUCACAUUCUUAACCAGUGUGUUAGAAGGCCCCAUCAUCCUCUGGUAGACAUGUGCAGGGUCACUCUGUCUCCUGUACCUCCUUCGGGAGGGGCCGCUUCUGCCUGGUCCCCUGUGAGCCAUGACUGAUUACCUUUUGUCAGUAAUGUGCGCAGGGAGUCCACAGCAGGCACAGAUGGGGCCUUGGAGCAUUUUGUCCUGUUUCUUCAGUACCACAGAUUUGCAAUGAACUCAUCCUUGCUGUGAGCAUCCAGAAUCUCUUGAAGAUUUUGUCCACGACUAUGAAACACUGGCAAUGUCACCCCAGAAUUAUGGUCAGCCUUACUGCCCUUCACCUCCAAGUGAACUUUAAGAAGUUUCAGAACAAGCAGAGAGCUCUAUUUUUAAAAGAAAUAUGUCACAUUCAGAAAUGAUGAAACCAAAUCUUGUAUUAAAAGGCAAAGAUGAUGGAGACUGUGCCCAUUUUUUACAUGCUCUCCGUCACAUCCAUCUCAGUUCUCUCCUCGGGGACCUGGUGGUAUGACCCUGUGAGGUCAAGUGUAUCCUGUCUUCCUGGCAAGUGGGUAUGGUUGAUGCCAAAUAUGGAUGUGUUCGAGUUUUUAAAACGAGUUCCCAGUCUGUAAUUCUUAGAUGCCAUUACAUUUUGAUCGUGUCCUUCCUUACCCUUUUAUUUUUUUUCCCUAGUUAUCCUUUUUUAUUUCUAUAAUAUCAUCAGUAAUAGAAGUCACAAACCAAUGUAAAGAAAGCAAGGAAUAAAAGUGAUUUAAACGUGAAA